AGGGACCUACACACCUCUCUCCUACUAUUUUUCGUACUCACUCGCAAUGGGAAGAGCUCCUUGCUGUGACAAAAAUGGCCUCAAAAAGGGGCCUUGGACUCCAGAAGAAGAUCAGAAACUCAUGGAUUACAUUCAGAAAAACGGUUACGGCAACUGGAGAACUCUUCCAAAGAAUGCUGGUCUGCAAAGAUGCGGGAAGAGUUGCCGACUGCGGUGGACCAACUACCUCCGGCCCGAUAUCAAGAGAGGAAGAUUCUCCUUCGAGGAAGAAGAAACGAUCAUCCAACUGCACAGCAUCCUCGGCAACAAAUGGUCCGCGAUAGCUGGGCGACUUCCCGGCAGAACCGACAACGAGAUCAAGAACUACUGGAACACUCACAUUCGAAAGCGGCUGCUCCGAAUGGGAAUCGACCCCGUCACUCACAGCCCCCGCCUCGACCUCCUCGACCUCCUUAACUCCUCCCUCUACGCCCAACAACAACCCUCCAACAUCAUCCACUUCUCCAGAUUACUAGGAAUGCAGCCUUUCAUCAAUCCCGAAUUAAUAAGGUUGGCGUCUUCCUUCAUCUCCUCCGACCGUCCAAACCACGCCUCCUUUCAAAACCAACCAAUCACAAAUUGCAACAAUCAAGUUUCUCCAUCUCCGACCACACUCGCUAAUCACAAUCAAGAUGAUCAGUUCCUUCAAUACGACGCCCAGAAUCCGGCCGGAUUUGGGGACUGGCACCAAAAUGACGGCUCGGUUUUUGAUUAUGCUGAUCAGCUCCCCAACUAUGGGUAUUACGGUUCGGAUCAGUCGGUGGUGGAUCCGGCGCCGUCGUCGGAGACUUCGACCUUUCAGUCUAACAGUAGCAACAACAACUUCAGCUUCCAAUCCGUUUUGUCCAACAUCUCCACGCCCUCGUCGAGCCCCACGCCGUUGCAUUCCGGUUCCACUUACAAUAUGACCGCCGCCGCCGGCAGCACCGAAGAUGAGAGGGAGAGUUACUGCAGCGAUAUGUUGAAGUUUGAGCUUCCGGCGGAGAUCUUGGAUGUCGCCGAUUUCAUCUGAAUUUUUUACCAUCCGAUCCGUGCAAAGCGAUGCGGACUUUUUCCUUCUUCUUUGUUUAGUUUGUCCCGUGAUGAUCUUUCUCAAGUCUCAAGUUCCAUGUUUCUUGUAAAAAUCAUUAUCUGUGUUCUAGUAUAACUUGUUCAAUUAAUUUUUCUAGCUAGUGCUCACUAGGCAUCACCAUCUUUCUUUAACAAUUGAUAUGUUAGAAAAUUA